GAAACCCAAGCGGCGCUCCAAUCCUCUCUUUUCUUUCGUUUCUUUCUUUCCCCUUCUACUGGAAAACGAUCGACAACCGAAAAGAAUAAAGGAAACGAAACCCUCGAAAUCCAACCUCCUUUAUCUUUCGUUUUCUCUGGAAAUCGAGCAAGAAGGAAGAAAAGAACAACGAUUCACUCCGACUCUUUCUCUCUCGCCGUUCUAAAUCGCGACGAUGACGACGACGAUGAUGAAGCAGGGUUCAAAGGUCAGUUUUGGUUGCAUGUUAAGUUUUUUGUGCAAUUGUCAAUUAGGGAUUUUUAGGGUUUUAAUCAAUUUUUGGUUUCUCUUUUGAUUUCUGGGUUUUAUCGAGGGGAGAAAGAGGAGAUAGAUCUCUCCGGCCAUCGAGGCUCCCCGAUGAAGGUGGAGAAGGAAAGGCCGACUGUCUGAAUCUACUUUCUGUUUCGGAGAUGGCUUAGAUCUAGGUGAGUUUUUCCUAAAUUCGGUUUACUACGGCUGGAGAGAUUAAACUGGAAAAGUGAAUCAUGUUGUUGAUUGGAGAAAGGUUCAUAGAUCUUGUAUUUUGGGAUUGUGAUUUGGUGUUUGUGGGUCCAAGGUUGAUUUGCUUCAAAGGAGAUGGUGGGUCAAGCCUGAAACUUAUUGAACACUUGUAACUCUCAUUAGUUAUUUGUGAUUUGUAAUUAUGAUUGUAAUUGUAAUUUAGUAAAAUUUUUAAUAAUACAUUUUUCUU